CGGGACCGUUUCACGCGGGAGAGCCGCGGCUUUGCCUUUGUGCGUUUCUACGAUAAGCGCGAUGCCGAGGACGCGAUCGACGCGAUGGACGGAGCGGUCCUGGACGGGAGGGAGCUGCGUGUCCAGAUGGCCCGCUAUUCCAGACCCCCGGACUCGUACCGGCGAGGGGGGGGCGCCAGUAACAGACGAUCGACGCGAUACAGGAGGAGUCGGAGUCCACGGCGCAGACGCCGCACUCGGUCCCGGACUCGCAGCCGCUCUCGCUCCCGUUCCAGCCGGUCCCGCUCCCGUUCCCGCUCCCGCUCCCGUUCCCGCUCUAAGAACGUGGCCCGCAGCAAGGGCCAGUCCCGCUCCAAGCCGUCUCGCUCGUUGUCCCGCUCCCGCUCCAAGUCACCGUCUCCCACCAAGUCAGCGAGCAAGUCCCGUUCCCGGUCGCGGGAGCCCGAGAGGGGCAGGUCAGCUUCCCGCUCCCGUUCCCGCUCCCGCUCGGUCUCGCCCGCGCGCCGGGAUUCCCCGGCCGGCCGGCCCACGCCCCCACAAGGGAACCGCACUGGGUCCCCUCCCGCAGUGGCAUCCCCCGAGCGACCGGAAUCACCUGAGGAGGAAGGUGCCUGUCCCCGGUCGCCCGAGAACCCUGAGCCUCUGGACAACCUACGCCCCACCUCACCGGAGCCAGAACCGGAUGGGCGGUCGCGAUCUCCGACCCCCGUAACUAUGGACGCGGAAUAACUGAGACCGCCAGCAAUUGGAGGCCGUUUCCAACCACGGUUCCGACGUUACCGGUCCACAGAUGCUGUCCGGGAACUGUUUUGAGCAGGGGCCAGUGGUAAUGGCGGCCGUGAGGAGUUUCUGGAUCUGGUCCAGCGUGGGGUUUGAGGGGCAGUGACAUGGAAGGGGGAGGGAGGGGGAA